AUGCUUGAAGAGAACCAAGACCUAUUGGGCAUCAUUAGCAUCAUCAUAGUGACAGCCCUAGCCAGUUUGGUCGUACUCGGCAGGUUGCUCUCGCGGAAAUUUCUCACCAAACGCUUCGGACUCGGACUCGACGAUGGAAUUGUGCUUGCGUCGCUGACUACCUUUAUUCCCUUUGCGGCCCUCAUCAUACACCUCAUUCUUCAGGGCGCCGGACGACCCCCGACCUUUGUUGCAUUCGUCAUGACCGAUGAGACGUUCGACAGAAACCAGAUCAUAGACUGCAUCGCACAUUUAGUCUAUAGCACGACGCUUCUGCUAUGUCGCCUAUCGGGCCUCGCCUUUUACUACCGCAUCUGUGCUCUGCAUAAGGAGUUUCUCGUCGCUCUCAGAAUAAUUCUCGCUAUCAUGUCGAUGGGCUACCUGGUGCAAAUCUUCAUCAUCGUCUUCCACUGCAAGCCAGUUACCUUGGUGUGGAAGCCAGUCGAGGAAGAAGAUACCCAAACGUAUCGGUGCUUGACAUUCAUGGAGGUCUACGGCACUAUUUCCGGCAUUUCUCUAGCCUCCGACUUUUUGCUCUUCGGUGUCCCGUUGGCAAUGCUCAAGAUCUUAGACAUGCCACGGAGACGAAAGAUUCAACUCGCUUGUAUCCUCUUGCCAGGCAUUGCAAACAGCGUUAUAGCUCUUUCCAGCGCCCGAGUAGCGCUCGUUGUCAUAUAUGAUAGAGGGAGACUGGACGAAGAAUACGAUUAUUCCCUCCUCAGGCUAUAUAUCAUCGAGGUCUCCGAGAUAGGCGCAACGGUUAUUACGCUGUCAAUCCCGGGAGUAAAACCCAUGGUGGACAAAUUCAUCUUGCGAAAGGACGUUAAUCCGGAGCUCCGUGGGUCUAAACGUUCCUUCAGCAGGCGAUCCAACAUCUCGGGGACGAGCACCCUUGGAGGACUAUCGCGUAUUUCUGUGCAGGCUGGAGACGUAAAGCAAGAGUGCAUUCACGUAACGGUGGACGUUCAUGUCGAAGACGAGCAAAUGAUGCUAGCAGAAUAG